CUUGCAGAGAGGAAGUGCGUGUCCUACUGGUUGCCUGUGUACGCUUGAACGAAUAUUGAUCUCUGGGGUGGUAGGCAAGGAUACUGACUCAUCAAGUCUUGAAAUGGGAAAGAGAAGGCAUGGAGGUGGUGACGGUGACGGUUCCAACAAGAAAAAACACGGCUACUUCACCACAAACGCAAAGGCUUCGCUGCCAACUGGUUCCCGCGGUUUCCUCAUAUCUUGUUUGGGAGGAAAGGAGCCACAGGCUGCCAGAGAGGCCUCCAACGUCCUCACAGAGUUCUAUGACAAGCUCAGACCAGGCAAAGGCGAGACGAGUGAAGCAGCAGGCGGCGAUGCAACAGACAUUGCUGCUGCGAUAGCAGAUGAGGUGGCCGAGCUCAAGGACCAGGGCAACCGCCUCUUUGUGUACCAUAAAACCAACGUCAAUGGCCUUGCGUACCUCAGCAUGAAGGCUGAUGCUGAGGGACCUGGCCCUGUGGAGCUUGCAUCAGCUCUUGCACAGGAGGUCAAGCAGACAAGACAGUGCCGUACAAGGCUGUGCAUCAGGUUCCUGCCAGUGGAGAAGGUGUGCCGCGCGGAUGUGGCAGAGAUUGGGAGGACAGCCAAGGAGCUGACGGCUGUGCACUUCCCAGCUGGGGAGGGGGCCACCCCUGUGCGCUUUGCCGUGGCCUAUGAGCACCGCGCCAGCAAGGAUCUGGACCGCAUGGCUGUCAUCAACUCCGUUGUAGACCAGAUUCCCCAGCCGCCGCACAAGGUGGACUUGACGAAUGCGGACAAGACCAUCUUGGUGCAGCUGCUGAAGAGCAACGCAGCGCUCAGCGUGGUGUCCAACUACAAGCAGCUCUCCAAGUUCAACGUGCGCGAACUCAGCACCUCGGAUGAGGAGCAGCAGCAGGCCGUCAAAGCUGCAGCCGCCGCCAAGAAGGAGGCUGCAGACAAAGCAGCAGCGGCCCCUGCUCCUGCUGCUGCAGGUGAGCCAGCAGCAGAGGCACAGGAAGCCGGUGAGAAGGCAGAGGAAGCUGCACAUGCGCAGCCUGCCAAUGGGGAAGGGGAGGAAGCUGCCAAGGAGCAAGAUGGCAGCGUGCAAGGCUUUGUGGGCGCUGGCAUAGCCAUGGUUGCUGAUGACGAAGACUCUGACGCUGCCGCCCCCUGACGCUCAGCGAAGCUAGGAAUUCACUGCCACAUAAUAACUUGGACGUCAGAAGUCAUGACGCAAGGUCACACUCAUGAGCAGUGUGGCUCUGUAUCUUAUGACAACCGGCUGUUGGGGACUUGAACUUGUAUCCAGUCCCACAAGAUAAUUUGUGCGCUGUUUUAAGAGUGGAUGUUUACAUGUGAACCCUCCCUGGUUUUAUCGGAACUUCAUUGAACGCUCUCUUGCGAAGUGCUUCAAAUCUAUGGGUUGCACUAGGCUUGUUUGAUUACUGCUUGUUCCCAAUGAGCGCUAUAAGCGAUGGACUGACAUGACAGAAUUAGAACCACUUCCUAGCUGCAAGCUGUAAUGAAUAAGAGGCAAGCUUCUUUGAAAUCUGUCUGCACAGGAGCGAACACAAGGAGCUAAUGUCUACUAGUACUAAAGCACAGCCGAAGCAGCAAACCCUCUAAACAACCCAAAUCCACCAAAAAGGCUGCGCUGAGCUCUCCUAAGCCACGGUCCCUGUGCUUCCCUGUAUCCACAUGGGUGGGCUGCAGUGCUGUAAUGCCUUUGCAGGGCCGAGGGGAAGUCUCCCUCUGUGUAGGUCUGCUUCAGCGCCUCUGCAGCCGGGGUGUCUCUGCUGCCUAUCAAAGGAAGGGGCACUCUCCGCUGUUUCAGUAUCUCUGGGCGAGGCACGACUGAAUUUGAAGCAAGCUUCCCCUUGGUCACCCUCACCUUAGUGCCAUCUUCCAGAUAUCUCCAUGUCGUUCUCACUGGCCCACCGGUGACCGGAUCUGCUAUCAUGACGUUGGAAUAGUGGAUGGGCGACUCUACACUGACCAAACCACCUGGAUUGUCCGCUGUUCGCUUGAUCGCCCUUUUGUUCAGGUUACGGCCUUCCACGAUCACCCUGGGGAUCUUCUCAUCUCUUAUGACUUUGCUGACGAUCCCAGUCUGCCCUUUAUCCUUUCCAGCUGUUAUGACCACCUUGUCUCCACGAAGGAUCUUGUACUUUCCGCUAGGAAACAUACUCUUGAUCGCUCUUUUCUUGAUGCUCAUCCUUUCAAGCUUUGUGCAACCAAAAUGUGCACCACUUCUUUCCUCUUCUGUGCCGCCCUUCUUUGAAGGUCUCUGACUUCUGCAGUAUUACUAGCAAUAAUGGGAGGAUCCAGGCAUGAGCUGGGGCGAUCUCAUGACUUCCUGGAAGUAGUACAAACUGCUUCCUUUGUGAGCUCUAGCAGAAUUACACAGCGAUCCCUGAGUGGCCUUCAGGGAGCUUGGCGCCUCUUGAAUUACAAGAAUGAGACACAGAGAUUUGUGAUAUAUCCU